AAGCGCAUCAAUUCCACCUUGUUUAUUUGUAGACGCAUUUAUUAGCGCCGUGAGUUUUUUUUUUAUCAUGGCAGAAACCUCCGGGCCGACGGCAGCGGGAGGCUCCACCUCUAGCACAGUGACCACCGAGAGCGAAACUCAACCGGAGCACCGCUCUCUGACGCUGAAGCUGCGAAAGAGAAAACCAGAUAAGAAGGUGGAGUGGACUUGUGACACAGUAGACAAUGAAAACCUUGGGAGACGAUCAUCCAAAUGCUGCUGUAUCUAUGAGAAACCGAGACCAUUCGGAGAGAGUUCAUCUGAAAGUGAAGAUGACGAUGAUUGCUGUGAAAGUGCUCACUGUAUCCGUGGCCAUAAAAAGGCAACAUCUGGAUCCAAAGAGACACCCUCUUCACAUCAUGACAAAACUGGCAGCAUGCAACACUGAGGCAGCAAAGAGAAUGAGAGACAAGGUUUCUUUGCAGUUAAUGAUGCCAUAGAAGGGUGAUGUCUCUCGCACCAUGUAACAAGCUUUUUUUGGUUAUGGAGAGAACAACAAACAUUAUAGUACUAUCUCUUUAUUGGGCCAGCAUGAACUGAGAGUGGCUGCUGCCCCUAUACUAAAAUGACUAUAAAUUAGUAAAAGGGGCAAGUUCGAGUCUAGAAAGAGUUCUUAAGCUUUCUCUAGAUUAUCAUAGAGACUGCUGUAGAAAGAAGAGAAGACUUUGGCUUGCUUACAUAACUUUAGACAAUAUAUAUUAGCAAUGCCCAUUCUUCAACCUUCCUUCUGUUAAACUACGACUAACAGUAAGCCUGUGCAGCUGUUAAGCCUGUAGUUCAGCAACAGCGGGAACACUGAGAGUUUUCCAUCCCUGCUCUAUAUAUCUUUUGUGCAAGUCCUCUUCCUGGCUGUCCCUGUGCCAUUUCUCUUUCGCUCAUUGACUCACUGAAUGUAUGGGCUUUUUUUAUUUUGUCAGUUUAGUUUAAAUUAAUGUGCCCUCCAAAUUUAUAUUAUGACGGCUUGUUUAAACAUAACCUAUAAUUGAUUAUAAAACAGUCUGCCUGGAAAGCCUGUUGUUCUGACCAUUGUCUGAUUAUGUAUUGCAACACGCUACACUAUAAAGUUAUCCUAUUAUGCUA